GCCAUGGGAAACCACACCAGUGUCACUGAGUUUGUCCUCCUGGGGCUCUCAGAUGCCUGUGAGCUGCAGAUGCUCAUCUUCCUGGGCCUCCUCCUAACCUACCUCCUCACUCUACUGGGGAAUCUCCUCAUCGUGGUCAUGACCCUCAUGGACAAGCGCCUCCACACUCCCAUGUACUAUUUCCUUCGUAACUUCGCUAUCCUGGAGAUCUGUUUUACCUCAGUCAUCUUCCCCAAAAUGCUGGCCAACAUCCUGACUGGAUACAAGACCAUCUCCCUACUAGGCUGUUUCAUACAGAGCUUCCUGUAUUUCUUCCUGGGCACAACAGAGUUCUUUCUACUGGCAGUGAUGUCCUUUGACAGGUAUGUGGCCAUAUGUAAUCCCUUGCGUUAUGCCACCAUCAUGAGCAAAAGGGUCUGUGUCCAUCUAGUUCUUUGUUCAUGGAUGACAGGAUUUAUCCUCAUCAUCAUUCCAACUUUCAUAGUAUUUCAGCAGCCAUUUUGUGGCCCCAAUAUCAUUAACCAUUUCUUCUGUGACAACUUUCCACUCCUGGAACUCAUAUGUGCAGAUACAAGUCUGAUAGAGCUUCUGGGUUUUAUUGUGGCCAACUUCAGCUUACUAGGCACUUUGUCUGUGACGGCCACCUGCUAUGGCCACAUCCUCUGCACUAUCCUACGCAUCCCCUCAGCCAAGGAGAGGCAGAAAGCCUUCUCAACCUGUUCCUCCCACAUCAUGGUUGUGUCUCUGUUCUAUGGCAGCUGCAUCUUCAUGUAUAUCCGGAUGGGUAAGGGUGACCAGGGGAAGGACAGGAACAAGGCUGUGGCCUUGCUCAACACAGUGGUGACCCCUAUGUUUAACCCCUUCAUCUACACCCUGAGGAACAAACAAGUGAAACAAGUAUUUAAUGAGAAAAUGAACAAACUCCUCUUAAAAAGAUGAGCUGGACUAACCCGCAUGGCUCAGUGGUUGAAUGUUGACCUAUGAACCAGGAAGUCAUGGUUCAAUUCCUACUCAGGACACAUGCUUGGGU